UUUUAAUUUAUCAUAGAUACUAAUAAAAUGAAAUCCGAGUUGGGGACAAAUGUCCAACAACUGCGUAGAAUAUAUGAACCAGUUAUCGUUGGACGAAAUCCGUCGGUGAAUAUUUUGAAUCACACUACAAUAGGUGUAAUUUACCACGUGAUAUUUACAAUAACCGUGAUUUUUAUAGCAGUUAUAUUUGCGACUAUUAUUGAACAUAGACGAAUGUUGAAUAUUUAUUGGAAAACUUUGUUGAAUAUUAAAUUGGAAAUUUUGGACAAAAUAGUAUUGAAAGAAAACACUAUAUUAUCAUUCUGGAAAUAUUUAAGUAACGGGGAAAAAGCAUUUGGUGUUAUAACUUUCGUAAAUAUUGCCGUCUAUUUAGCCUGGAUUGUAGCAAGAUGGAACUCUACAAUGCUUAAAUAUUUCAUGAUUAAUGAAGGCAAACCAAAAUAUGUUUGGUCAAAUUUACUUAGUGCGUUUAGUCACACUUCAUUGUGGAGUUUAACAGUUAAUGUUGUAUAUUUAUAUUAUCCACUAUGUAAAUUUGGAUUUGUACGAGCGUGGCCGAUCUCCAUGUUUUCACCUUACAUGGCAAUAGAAGAAUUUUUUGUUUUUUACAUUAGUGCAUGCAUGUUUUCUUCUUUAUCUAGAAUUUACAUUGAACCAAAACUAAACAUGUCCAGAAAAAAAAGUAGACAUGGAGCUGUGAGUGGUAUUCGAUUGAUAUGAUUUAUUCUGCAUAUACUGUUAUAAUAUUGUAUUUAUGUGUGUAGUGUAAAAAUUUAAAAUAUUAAUUAAGUACCUAAUAUUUAGUCAGAACCUUUUAAAUAAAAUUUUUUUGUUUAUAACAUUUUACGCAUGAUUUUUAUCCCGCAAGUCUGGAGCAAUAUCUGCAGUGUUUGGUUAUAUUGCAUUAGGUUUUCCUAACCGAAAAUUAUUAACUAUACCAAUCAUUUCCAAAGAUCAACUAAGUGUUAGCGUCACAGCAUUUGAAGUAAAAAAAAUUGUUUUAUUUAAUGAAAUUAUUAAUAAAUAAUGUAAUACAAUUAACACAGGCUUUGUUGUGUCUGUUUCUUCUGAUUAUCUUGUUUGUUUUCGUACUCAAAUUCUCGUGGACCAACUCAACAAACAUAAUUUCGGGAUGUAUUUUUGGAAUGUGAGUAAAACACUAUCGUUUAUUUUUCUGAAGACUACACAAUAGUUUUA